AUGGAGCACUCCCCGUCUAUGAACUUGAACUCUGUGAUGGAUGGAGACGAGGUGGAGGACCAGCGCCCCCUCCUCCCACCGAGGACGGCCCCUCCGCCUCAGGUCUGCUCUCCACAUUGUGGGAUACACCAAAACAUCCAAACACCAGCAGAUCCACCCGUGUGGCUGGACAGGACCCAGGCCAUGGCCACCACACCUUUAUACAACGGCCACCUUUAUGUCACACCUUCACCUCGCUCCAACAGGAGGGGAGACAAAGGCAAAGAGAAGAAAUGUGAUAAAAGGUCAGGGGGGAGUAGACAGAAUCAAGCACACAAGGAGCAUAAUCGCCAGUGCAAAGCCAGAAAUGCAGGAGUUCACAGACAGGAGAAAGUCACCUCUUUCACUGACGUCCCCGCAUCUCCAUGUGGGUCACCCUUUAAAGGCCCCUGCAGGUCACACUUAGACAUCAAGGAUGUGGAGGGCAGAGGGCGCCGCAAGUCAGGCAACGUUUCUUUAGAGAUGCAUGACCGCCAGAGUCUCCCGGAGAUCAUCAUCACCAGCAAAGAUGACGACCUCCAGCCACGCAAUGAGAUGUCCCAGUAUUGCCAGGACAUGUCUGAGGGCAAAGGCCUGCUGCCAGGAGCCGAACAUCCUGGUUUGAGCCCCAGUCCCAAUCCCCAGCCCAGCCCAAAAAACAAGGUAGACGCCAAGGAUGACACGUACUGGAAGACCCACAACAUCGGCUGGAGGCUGGUGCACAGAAGGGCUCUGUUUCUGAGGAGGCAGCGGCUGAACGACUGCGCACUGGCGGUGGGGAUAUUCGGGGUGGUGAUGAUGGUGAUGGAGACAGAGCUCUCCUGGAGCGUCUACAGUAAGAGCUCCAUCUACUCCCUCACACUCAAGUCCAUCAUCAGCUUGUCAACGAUCAUCCUUCUCGGCCUCAUCAUAGCGUACCACUGCUGUGAGGUGCAGCUCUACGUUCACGACAUUGGCGCAGAGGAUUGGCGGAUUGCCAUGACAACCGACCGUGUGGCUCUGGUGGCCCUGGAGCUGGCAGCGGUGGCCAUUCACCCCUACCCGGUGGGUCUGCUGGCGUACUUCGAGCAGACCUUCCUGCACACCACGGCUCGCCUGUCGCUGUCAGAGACGGAGUUGGAGAUCGUCCUGGCUCUGCCCAUGUUCCUUAGGCUCUACCUGCUGGGCCGGGCCAUGAUGCUGCACAGCCGCCUCUUCACUGACACCGCCUCACGCAGCAUCGGAGCGCUCAACAAGAUACACUUCAACACCCGGUUUGUUGGGAAAACACUAAUGACCACCUACCCAGGGACUGUGCUGAUGAUCUUCAGCGUCUCUCUGUGGAUUGUGGCAGCGUGGGGCUUACAUGUUUGCGAGAGACACCACAACUACAGGGACCUGAGCAGCAACUACAUGGAGGCCCUGUGGAUGGUCUCUGUCACCUUCUUGUCCAUCGGUUACGGAGACGUGGUCCCUCACACUUACUGUGGUCGUAGCAUCUGCCUCCUCACUGGGAUAAUGGGGGCAGGCUGCACGGUCCUGGUGGUGGCGGUGGUCGCCAGGAAGCUGGAGUUGACCAGAGCAGAGAAACAUGUUCACAACUUCAUGAUGGACUCCCACAUCACCAAGAGGAUAAAAAUUGCCGCAGCAAAUGUGCUGAGAGAGACUUGGCUUAUCUACAAACACACUAAGCUGUCAAGAGAAAGAGACCACACCAGAGUCCGCAUGCACCAGCGGAAGCUUCUUCUGGCCAUCCACCAGCUGCGGCGAGUGAAGAUGGAGAAGAGGAUCCUUGCAGACCAAGGGAACACACUUGUGGACCUCUGCAAGGUGAGAGAGAUGCAGAACCUGAUGUAUGAUGUGCUAUCGGAGGUGCAGGGCUGCAGGGGGGAGCUGGACACACACAUCCACAGCCUUGAGAAGCAUGUGGAGGAGCUGAGGGAGGGCUUCCGGAGCCUGAUGCCGCUCCUGUCCAGCACCUUGUCCACGCAGAACUCCUCCAUCCGCCACCUGCUCAGGGAGAGGGAGGUGAAGACGGAGAGUACCAGUGCAAGUGUAGAUAGGUAG